CCAUGAGUUUGUGGCUCAGCGCCCAUGAAACAUAAAACCAAUUCCUUCGUUUUGCACCGAGGGAUUGUGGGUAUUGAGGUUGGAUAGUGUCACGUGUAUGAUCCAGCAUGGCAGGCAAACAGAAAAGGAAAUUAGAAGACCUCAGUGUGGAUGAGUUCCUGCUGUCAGGUGGUUUUGACUCUGCAGGUGAAGGUGAAUCUGAAGAAGAGACUCCUAAACAGAAUGGACUUAGUAAAAAGAACAAGAAGAAAGAUCAGAAAACUGCAACCCCUCAGACUGAUAACAAGAAGAAAGGUAAGGCCUCUGAGCACAAGGAGCAGCUGUCCAGAUUAAAGAACAAAGAUCCAGAGUUCUUCAAAUUUCUGCAACAGAACGACCAAACACUCCUGAACUUUGACGACACAGACAGCUCAGAGGACGAGGAUGAGAAAAAGUACCACAGAUUGCCAUCCACAUUGGAGGAGGUCAGCUCCGGUGACGACGAUGAAGAUGAUGACAAGGGUCAGAAAGCUUCUAAGAAAUCCAAGAAAGCAGCGGAGGCUAUCAAAGUCACGGACAAAAUGAUUGAAGACUGGAAAGCAGCUAUGAAGAAGGAACCCACACCUCGUCUCUUCAGAGAAGUCACCCAGGUCUUCAAGGCCGCCGUGGCAACAACCAAGGGUGAAGGAGGUGGUCAGUGUCGAUACAAAGUGGCUGACAGUUCAGUGUUCAACGCCUUGGUCCUGUUCUGUAUCAAAGAUAUCUAUGUGGCCCUGCAAAGGAUGCUCAACCUGAAGCCAGAUAAAGACCCGAAAAAGCUGGUGCUCCCAUCGUCGAGCCCAAAGUGGCAGAAGAAUCAGAUCGACAUCAAGAUGUAUCUCAGCGGAGUAGUUCAGCUGUUAUCCUGUCUAACAGAGGCUACAGUCAUCAGUGCUGUCCUGCGGCACGCCAACCAGCUCGUACCUUAUUACCUCUGCUUACCCAAACAGUGUCGUCACCUGGUUAAGCAACUGAUGAAACAGUGGAGCACAGGGGAAGAGACAAGUCGGGUUCUUGCCUUCCUGGCUCUCAACAAAAUCUGCAGACACAAACAGGAAACAUAUCUGAACCCUAUUCUCAAGCAAAUGUACAUUUCCUACGUACAAAACUGUAAGUUCACAUCUCCAAAUGUGCUGCCCAUGAUCAACUUCAUGCAGCGAACUCUAACAGAGAUGUACGCCCUGGACACACAAACCACUUACCAGCAGGCCUUCAUCUACAUCCGACAGCUGGCCAUUCACCUCAGGAACGCCAUGACCAUGAAGAAAAAGGAAACGUACCAGUCUGUGUAUAACUGGCAGUAUAUCCACUGUCUGUACCUCUGGUGUCGGGUCCUCAGCACCCUGCACCCCAGUGAUGUACUCCAGCCUCUCAUCUAUCCACUCUGCCAAGUCAUAAUUGGCACCAUCAAGCUGGUGCCUACAUCAAGGUAUUACCCUCUGAGGAUGCACUGUUGCAGAGCCCUCACCCUGCUGUCGAGCAGCACCAACACAUUUGUACCUGUUCUGCCUUUCCUCUUGGAGAUCUUCCAACAGGUGGACUUUAACAAGAAACCAGGGCGAAUGAGCAAGAAACCCAUCAACUUUGCAGUCAUUCUGAAACUCAGCAAGGUCAACCUAAUGGAGAAAGCCUACAAGGACGGGUUGAUUGACCAGCUGUAUGACCUGGUGCUGGAAUACUUCCACACUCAGACCGCCUCCAUCGGCUUCCCAGAACUCGCCUUGCCUACCAUCAUUCAGCUGAAAGCGUUCCUGAAGGAAUGCAAAGUGGCCAAUUACUGCAAGCCGGUGCGCCAGCUGCUGGAGAAGGUACAGGAGAACAGCAGCCACAUCACAGGACGGAGACAGAAGGCCGCCUUCGGAGUGGCCGAUGCCACCGCUGUGGCGGCUUGGGAGAAGCAGAUCCAGCAGGAGGGGACUCCCCUCAGCAGGUACUACAGCCAGUGGAAGAAGCUGAGGGAGAAGGAGAUCCAGCUGGAGAUCUCUGGCAAAGAAAGGAUGGAGGAUCUGGACCUCCCAGAGAUCAAGCGUAAGAAGAUUCAGGAGAAGAAGGCGGAGGACAAGAAGGAGUUCAAGGAUCUGUUUCAGUCGGACAGCGAUUCAGACGAAGAUGAUGACGGAUUCAAAAUCAAAGGUAAAAAGGACAGCCGUGGGUCGGAUGAUGAUGAUGAUCUUGAAGAUCUGUCUGACAUGAGCGACGACGAGGGGAUGGAGGGCGGAGACUCAGAUGAUGAUGAGGAGGAGGAGGAAGAAGGGGAUGAAAAGGCGUCCAAGGCUCCUCAGCCGCUGUCCUCCAGUGCUCUGAUAAAGCUGGCAGAAGGAGGCGAGGAUCUGGUAGAGGACCUGGAGCUGUCUGAUGACGACUGAGGUUCAUGGAAACACACUCGAGCUCGCCUGAGAAAUACUCAACCUUACCAACCACCUAUACUGAAAAGAAUACACGACUUUUUGCUAUUUUCUUUGCUUUUCAAUAUUGUAUUACUUGACCUGUACAGUACAAACAUGUUCAUGAUGUAAUUUUAUUAAGCAUUGAAAUUGUAAAAAA